AUGGUGAAGGAGUUUUUCGGCUCAGACAAAUACUGGAUCCCUGUCAUAGACGAACUCCUCGAUGAAUUAUAUGGAUCUCGGUAUUUUUCAAAGCUCGACCUCCAUGCUGGAUAUCAUCAAAUAUGGGUCCAGGAGGCUGAUAUUCAUAAAACUGCUUUUCGGACACAUGACGGACAUUAUGAAUUCAUUGUGAUGCCCUUCGGACUUACGAACGCCCCCUCUACCUUCCAGAGCUUAAUGAAUGACUUACUGCGACCUUACUUGAGGAAGUUUGUUCUAGUUUUUUUUGAUGACAUUCUAGUGUACAGCAAAAAUUGGGAUGACCACCUCGGCCACCUACGAGCAGUUCUUCAAGUUUUAUCUAGCAACCAAUUGUUUGCCAAGAAAUCUAAAUGUUGUUUUGGUGUAUUACAGGUGGCAUACCUGGGCCAUCUUAUUUCUCUCGCUGGCGUGGCCGUCGACCCAGAAAAGAUCAAAUCAGUUCGUGAGUGGCCUAUUCCCACUUCGGCAAGAGGAAUUCGUGGCUUCAUAGGCUUAGCUGGAUAUUACCGGAAGUUUAUCAGCGAUUUUGGGGGAAUUGCUGCCCCUUUAACUCGAUUGUUAUCAAAAGAAGGGUUCCAAUGGACUUCCGAGGCCACUGCUUCCUUCUCCCAAUUAAAGGAAGCACUCACAACUCCACCAAUCCUCCGCUUACCCGACUUCUCUCAAACCUUCGUGAUUGAAUGCGAUGCUUGUGGGGUGGGCAUUGGAGCUAUUUUAACACAACAGGGCCAGCUAGUCGUAUAUUUUAGUGAAACUCUUAAACCCUCGGCCUUAGCCUUAUCCACAUAUGAGAAGGAGAUGCUUGCAAUAGUUAAGGCCAUCCGUAAAUGGCGACCUUAUCUCAUCGGCAAACCUUUCAUUGAAAAAGAUAAUUGCGGUGCUGAUGCCCUUUCACGAGUUGGAGAGCUCGAAUUCCUUGCUGUGUCUUUGCCCAUCGCCGAAUGGUGGACUACACUCCAACAAGAGGGGUGCAUCUAUCUGAGUCCUUCUUCGCAGCUACUCCCUGCCAUUCUUUUCGCACAUCACUCUUCGCUAGUUGGUGGACACUUUGGCUAUCAUAAAACAUUGAGCCGCAUCAGCAACAGCUUUGUUUGGCCUCAUAUGCGUACCACGAUCAAGGACUUCAUCAAAUAUUGUGAUGUGUGCCAAUGUUGCAAAACUGAUUGUUCGCGUCCUGCUGGUCUACUACAGCCGCUACCUAUACCCGACAAAGUAUGGACUGAUAUUUCCAUGGAUUUUGUGGAAGGGUUGCCACUGUCUCAAGGCAAAAAUGUCAUCAUGGUGGUAGUCGAUCGCUUAACUAAGUAUGCACAUUUCAUUCCACUCAAGCACCCAUUUACUGCACUCACUGUGGCCAAAGUAUUUCUCGAACAAAUUGUUCGACUUCACGGCAUACCCAAAUCCAUUCUGCAAGGUACAACUUUUUGUAUGAGCUCUAGCUAUCACCCCCAAACCGACGGGCAGACAGAAGUGGUUAACCGCACACUGGAGCAAUAUCUCCGGUGCUUCACGCAUGAGCAGCCAAAGAAAUGGUCUGAAUGGGCAUACCGACAGAAAACAGUAGCUUUCUGCAACUCCAUGAAGCUCUCGCCUCGAUUCUUUGGUCCUUAUCCAAUCCUUGCCAAAGUUGGCCCUGUGGCUUACAAACUCAAGCUACCAACAGAUUCCCAAAUCCAUGACGUCUUUCAUGUGAGUCUCUUGAAGAAACACAUCGGCCCAGUUGCGACUGCCUCCAACCGAUUGCCACCUGUGUCUGAUGCAUCUGAGGUCCUUCCCCAACCUGAAGCAAUGCUGGACACUCGUGUCAUCUGCAAAGGACGUUACCGACCGAAAACUGAGAUUUUGAUUAAAUGGUCGGGUGCACCCAUUGAGGACGCUACCUGGGAGAACCGUUGGCGCUUUUCAAAGACCUACCCUAACUUUAUCCUUGCGGACAAGGAUACUGUAAGGAGGGGGGAGUGA